UGCCCGAGUGAUAGGCCUGGCCUGCUCUUGAUAUCCUUCCGAGAUGGCUCGUACGAAACAAACUGCUCGUAAGUCAACUGGAGGAAAGGCUCCAAGGAAGCAACUUGCAACCAAGGCUGCCAGGAAGUCUGCACCAACAACAGGUGGAGUGAAGAAGCCCCACAGAUACCGCCCUGGUACUGUUGCACUUCGUGAAAUACGAAAGUACCAGAAGAGUACUGAACUCCUGAUCAGGAAGCUUCCUUUCCAGAGGCUUGUCAGGGAGAUUGCCCAAGAUUUCAAGACUGAUCUACAUUUCCAAAGUCAUGCUGUCCUUGCCCUCCAGGAAGCUGCAGAGGCAUACCUGGUAGGUCUGUUUGAGGACACUAACCUGUGUGCCAUUCAUGCCAAGCGUGUGACCAUAAUGCCCAAGGACAUCCAGCUUGCUAGGAGGAUUAGGGGUGAACGUGCUUAAACAAUGAUCUUUAUCUCUAUGCUGCAUUAACUGUUGUAUGUCUCUUCUAGAUUUUAGUAGCUGCUGAAGCUUUUAAUAGCCUUUGCUGUAUGCCCAGCUGGUGCGCUUCUGUGCUGUGUUGAUGCAAAAGAUUAUUUUGUGAACUAUAAUGUGUAAUGUUUUUUGUCACACCCCUGGUGUUGAACAAUUUUAUAAAAAAA